AGUCGGGCGCGGCGCCGGGAGCUGGCCGUGGUGCUGAGCGCGCGUCUCCGGCCUCGGACGCCGGCCUGGCCCUGCCACGGCCGCGCCUAGCGGUGCUCCCGGCCCCGAGUGGCUGAUGGAGGCCCAGUUCCCAGGGAGAAGAGGAGACGUGGUGACAGAGCAUGUUCCAGGUGGGAGGAGAGCUGGGAGCAACCAGCCAGGGUCCUGGGCAACAUGGAGCUGAAGAGAGGAAAAACCUUCAUCAAAUCCAGCUUGCAGGUUUCCCAGGAGAAACCCCCAGACCCAGCAGCCGCUGCCUCAGCCAAGGAGGACCCCGGCCCCUGGUCAGUCUUGCUGCCAGGGCAGCCGAAGCCCCAUGGUGAGAAGGGCCCCCAGGCCAACCCCAGCCUCCAAGAACAUGACAGGGUCCCCAAAAGAGGGGAACAGCCUGGCCCUGAGGAGGAGCCCUCAGCCCUCUGCGGGGCCCCCUUCAAACUGGUGUGGAAGAAUAAGACCCAGGACUGUGCGCCAGGGGCCGGCAGGGUGGCCCCUGCCGCAGGGCAGCCGGUGGGCAGCACGAGCUUCCCAGGGACCCCCGGUGGCUGUGGCAGCCAGCGCAUGAUUGACUACCGCCACCUGGCGCCCCAGAUGCCCUUCGUGCCGGCUGUGGCCAAGAGCAUCCCACGGAAGAGGAUAUCACUGAAGCGACCCAAGAAGUGUUUUCGGAACCUGUUCCACACCCUCAGAAACAAGACCGAGAACGCGGCCUCCCUGGCGGCCAGGGGCCAGCAUCUGUCCCCACCUGGGAGCCCGUCAGAGGCUGCAGGGAAACUUGGUCAAGCCUUCUUCCCUCUGGGAGAGGUGCCGGGGCUGGACGGCUUGAGCCAGGACCUGUCAGACAGUGAGCUCCCAUCUGAUGCAACUUUCGACAUCUGCCGGGCUCUGUGCGAAGAUGUGGCCUCGCUCAAGAGCUUCGACUCGCUCACGGGCUGUGGGGAGAUCUUUGCAGACGAGAGCUCAGUGCCAUCCCUGGAGCUGGGCCUGAACACCCAGAACCCCACCCGGGAGGCCCCGGCCCUCGAGAGCGGGGCGCCCAGGGGCCCCUUGCAGGGCGGUGUUGAGCAGCUGGCAUCACCGGCCCAGAACGAAGCGGCCGAUUUUGCCAAAUUCUGGGACAGCGUGAAUCACUCGGUGAGGCAGCAGCAGCAGAGAGCCCUGCUGGGCCCGUGGCUGGCAGGGCCCCAGGGCUCAGAGGCAGACCCGCCCAGGCCAGACGCUGCUAGGCUCCCUGAGCUCCCCCUGUGCCCCUGCGGAGACCCCCAGGGUGGCUCCAAAGCCAGCUCCGUGGACACAAGCACCCCCAAGAGUGAGCAGCCAGAAUCCGUGUCCACCAGCGAUGAGGGCUACUAUGACUCCUUCUCCCCAGGCCUCGAGGAAGACAAGAAGGAGGCCCUGAGCCCAGGCACCCCUACAGCCACCUUCUCCCGUGACAGCUACAGCGGUGACGCCCUCUUCGAGCUCUUCUGUGACCCCAGCGAAGACCCCACCGGCCCGAGCUUGGAUGAUGACCUGUGUGUGUCUGAGAGCCUGUCAGGGCCGGCCCUGGGCACACCCCUCUCCAUGUGCAGUUUCCGUGUGGGGGCCGAGGAGAACCUGGCCCCGCCGCCGGGCCCCGACCUGCUCAGCCAGGGCUUCCUGCAGAGCUCCUGGAGGGGCAAGGAGUGCCUGCUGAAGCUCUGUGACACCGAGCUCUCCAUCACCAUGGGCAUUGUCAACUGGCUACGCCGGGGCCCCGCGCCCCACGCCCCAACUGCCCCAGCCCCACCCAGCCCGCCGAGAGCCCCCAGGGGAGCGGUGGAGAAGCUAGGAGGCAGCUCUGGGGAGGGAAGCCCAUGUACUGAGAGCCUGGAGGGCAAGGGGGUCCGGCCCUCAGACACAGGCCGGGCUGCUGUGUGCUUGGCACCCAGUGGGCAGGAGACAGGGAUGUGUCCAGACCCCAGAGGCCUGAUGGCUGGAGAGAGCCAGGUCCUGGGGGACACUGAGCAGGCAGCCCACAUGCCCUCCAGGGUCUCCCCUCUGGAGCAGGUCUCCCAGGAAAGAGGGGCACGAGGCUGCCACAAAGGCUCCUUCUUCGCAGGGUCUGCAGCUGCUGCGGUGGCAGAUAUAUCCAACAAAAACAAAGCCCCAAGCCCUUCUGCCCAGCCUGGCUGCCAGAAGGAACCCAGGCCACCAGUGAGCCUGGGGUUUUUCCAUGACCCCUGGCAGCCAGGUCCAGGGGGCAGCAUCCUGGAGGCAGAAUCUACUCUGGUGGACUGUGUGGCCCAAGUGGCUGCCCUGCAGAUCCUCAAGGAUGGCCAGCCGCAAGCAGAGGGGCCCCUGAGGCAGGAUGCGGGCAGCAGGUGCUGUGGGCAGCCUCAGGUUGGGGGCCCUGAAGUUCUGCAGCAGAUGGAGCCCAGCAGCCUAUCCAGUGGAGCUGCUGUCUGUGGCCGCCCCUCCCCUGCCAGCAUGCUGCACGACUUGCAGGCACAGAGAUGCCGAGACCACAUCCCGGGCCUCAGUUGGCUCAGUGUGCAGGCCAGUGCCUCCGUGGAGGAUCAGCCCCUGCAGCUUAGCACUGGGGCCAUGGGGCAGCUGGCACAGAGCAGUCAGCUGGACAUCAUAUCCUCCCCCCACGACCUCAUGACAGCAGUCCUGGACCAUGCUUCUGGCAGCUGGAGUGCCUCCCCUGCUCAUCCCCCAGAAUGCCACUGCAGCCUCCCAGCCCAUGAUGGGGUCCCCAGCCAGCCAGACAUGGGGGCUCCGAGGCCAGCUGUGGCUGAGCCCCGCCUGUAGGGCAGGCUUGCACUUACCCAAAAGUGUCACUUGUAUGGACACAUGGACAAGAACCUAAGACCCAAAUCUCCAUCCUUUGUCUCUGACAGAAGAACCAGGUGGGGAGAGGGUGGGGGAAGGGAGAGGGAGUGGUGGGGACUCGAGCAGUGGGGAGGGGCAUUGUCACAGGUGAGGCGACCGAGCCUGGGACCCACCUGCUCAGCCAGGGUUGGUACCAGGUAGUCCACGGCCAAGGACAGCUGCAAAGCUGCAAGUUCUCUCAAACUGCACCUCACUGAUUUCUCCAGAAGGAAAUAAAGAGUAUAA